CACUGAUCAAGAAAAAAGCAUGGAAGGGCGUAUCCCACUUCAACUCGCAAGUGAGUCCACCCAGCGGCGUGGCCAGAAUUUAAGGUCCAGCACCUCCCUUAGCUCUGCCACCACGUUCACUGAUCAAGAGGAAGUGCAUUUACAGGGGCGCAUGCCUUCCCCUAGCUCCGCCACUAAGUCCACUGAUCAAGGGAAAGUGCUUUUAUUGGGAACCACGCCCUCCUCUAGCUCCGCCACUGAGUCAACUGAUCAAGGGAAAAUGCAUUUGCAGGGGCCCAUGCCCGCUCUCAGAUCCGAGAUUGAGUCCACCGAUCAAGAGAAAUUGCUUUCACCAGAGCCCAUGCCCUCCCCUAGCUCCGCCACUGAGUCCACUGAUCAAGGAAAAUGCACGGAAGGGCGUAUCCUGCCUCAACUCAGAAGUGAGUCCACCCAGCGGCGCAGCCAGAAUUUAAGACUUCCAAGCAAAUCUCUUCCCCAAACUAUUGAAACAAAGAUGGGUGCGAGUAUCCUUGCCUCUCUCGUAGAUGCAGCUCUGUCGAAGGUGAUUGCUGUUGCUUCUGGUCAGUUCACCUCUCUUGUAGAUGCAGUUGUGUCGAAGGUGACUACUUCUGCUUCUGAUCAGUUCAAUUUAGCACUGGGAUGGAACAAUGAUCUGACGGAGUUUCGUGAUAAAAUGAAGACGCUCCGAGGUACAACAAAAAGACGUAAAAUUGAAGAAUUGGGAAGCUUAAGAGAACUCAAAGGAAGACUACAGAUCUAUAAGCUUGAGCUUGUUACAGGCAAAUCAGAAGCAGAGGGAGCAAAGUUAAAAGACAAGGCAGUUGAGCAUUUGGGAUUUGGUUGGUCGGGAGGCAAAGGCAAUCAAGAUAAAGAUGAAGAUGUCUUAGAAGGCCUCCAACCCCCCUUAAAUAUAAGAAGAUUACGUAUUGUUGGCUAUGGAGGUAGAAAGUUGGCAUCAUGGAUGUUGUCACCCAACAAUUUGGUGGAUCUUCAGCAGCUUUAUGUUUCCUCCUGUGAUGAAGUAACUAGUUUGGGUGAUGGUGAUGGAGCACUUACGUCUCUCAAAAAAUUAACCAUAUUCAGGUGUGAAGAUGGGUUUCAUCCUCCUAUGCUGCCAAACAAUCCAACUGUAGCCCAAAUGAAGCAACAUGCUGACUAUGUUCAAGCCUCAUACAAAGCCCUCUCAUAUAUUCAUAGUGCUGUAACAGAUGAUAUUUUCUCAAGGAUCAUGGGAGCAGAAACAGCACAAGAAGCUUGGGAUACUCUUAAGAAAGAGUUUGAUGGCAGUUCUCGGGUUAAAGAUCGAAGGGUGGUGGAAAAGAUUAUUGUUAGUGUACCAGAUAAAUUUGAGUCCAAGAUUUUUGCCAUAGAAGAAUCUUGUGACCUCAAAGAGCUAACCAUCACUAAGCUCAUAAGCAAGCUACAGGCUCAUGAACAAAGGCUGGUUAUGAAAACUGAUGAAACUACAGAAGGAGCCUUCCUUGCAAGGCAAAAAGGCAAACAACCAGCCACUAGUUCUGAAAGCAAUAAGACCAUGGGUUUUAACCAAGCAUAUCAGCAGCAUCAGCAAAGCAGAAAAGGGAGGUUUCCUCCAUGUUGUCAUUGCCGAAAAACAAACCAUGAAGAAAAAGAUUGUUGGUUCAAAGGCAAAUCACAGAUUCAGUGCAGAUUUUGUAAAAAGUAUGGCCAUUUCGAGAAGAAUUGCAGGGCUAAGCAACAGCGACAGCAUCAAACACAACAUCAGCAAGCUCAGUACAGACCAAAGCAACAACAGCAAGUUAAUUAUGCUGAUGAUCAGUGCAAGGAGGACUACUUGUUCACAACAUCACAAGGUUCAUCUCUGCCAUCUAGUAGCAGGUUUGUUGAUAGUGGAUGCACUAAUCAUAUGGCUCGGGAUGAAAAUUUCUUCAUUGAAAUGGACAAAUCAAUUAUUACAAAUGUCAAGUUAGGAAAUGGUACUGUGGUGAGAUCACAAGGGAAAGGUACUGUUGUUAUUCAAUCUAAAACAGGUACAAAGCAAAUUACUGAUGUCCUAUUUAUUCCUAGCUUGAGCCAGAAUUUGCUUUCUGUUGCACAAAUGAUGAAAAAGGGAUACACUCUAUCUUUUGUGCAUGAUUCUUGUUUUAUUUAUGACCCUACUGGUGAUGAGAUAGCUAGGGUGAAAAUGGUAGAAAAUAGCUUUCCUUUGGAUUUGGAAAAGUGUCUUAUACUCCACAGCAGAAUGGCAUUGCAUAGAGGAAAAAUAGAACCGUUAUGGAGAUGGCAAGUAAAAGGCAUGACACCUAUUGAGGCUUGGUAUGGUCAAAAACCAUCAGCUGAUCACUUGAAGGUGUUUGGUUCAAUUUGUUAUAAUCAUGUUCCAGCAGCUAAAAGAGGAAAAUUAGAUGACAAGGCAGAAAUUGGGAUCUUUAUAGGCUAUGCAACACAAGCAAAAGGCUAUAAAGUGUAUGAUCCUAUAUCCAAGAAGGUAAAUGUGCAUAAAGAUGUUGUUUUUUAUGAGAGUGCACACUGGAAUUGGGAUGCAGGGAAGAUAGAAAAAGGUUCAAAUAAGCAGUGUGAAGCUGGUUCAGAUGUUGCUUCCAGUUCUGAAAUUGCAGAAGUUGAUGAUGAUUCACCGGUUUUGAAAACCAAGUCACUAGCUGAGAUUUAUGCAAGAUGUAAUUUAGCUUCUGCAGAACCUAAUUGUUUUGAAGAAGCAGCUAAACAACAGGUUUGGAUUGAUGCCAUGAAGGAGGAGCUGUCUGUGAUCGAAAAAAAUCAAACUUGGUGUCUUGUUCCAAAACCAGAUGAUAAGAAGCCUAUUGGAGUGAAGUGGGUGUUUCGAACUAAGCUAAAUCCAGAUGGGUCUAUACACAAACAUAAGGCCAGACUUGUUGUGAAGGGGUAUGCUCAACAGCCGGGUGUCGAUUAUGGAGAGACUUAUGCUCCGGUGGCUAGACAUGAUACGGUAAGGCUUCUAAUUGGAUUAGCUGUUGAUUUGGGUUGGAAAUUGUUUCAUAUGGAUGUAAAAUCAGCUUUCCUUAAUGGUGUUCUCCAAGAGGAAAUUUAUGUUGAACAACCACCUGGGUUUGAGAUUAUAAGGAAGGAAGACUGUGUUUAUAAGCUUAACAAGGCUUUGUAUGGUCUAAAACAGGCGCCAAGGGCCUGGUAUUGCAGAAUUGAUGACUACCUGAUGAGUCAAGGUUUCAAGAGGAGCACAAAAGAAGCAACUUUGUAUGUGAAAGGCAGCAGCAGUGAAUCUCAGCUUAUUUUGUCACUUUAUGUGGAUGACUUAUUGUUAACCGGAAAUGACUUGAAGUCGUUGGAACAAUUCAAGAAGGUUAUGAUGCAAGAGUUUGCAAUGACAGAUUUGGGAGAGACAAAGUAUUUUCUGGGACUUGAAGUUCAACAAUUGAGCAAGGGAAUUUUUAUUUGCCAGAGAAAGUAUGCACUGGAUAUCUUGAAGAAGUUUGAAAUGGAGAACUGCAAACCAGUUGCCACUCCACUGGUUCAAAAUGAAAAGCUUUCCAAGGAUGAUCAAGAAGCCAAGCCAAGAGAGUUCUUAGGUACAUCAAAGGAACCUAUGAACUUGGCUUGUGGUUUGACAGUAAUCAACAAGGAAGGUUACAGGGGUAUGCUGAUAGUGAUUGGGCAGGAGAUCUUGGGCUCUCUUGCCAGCCUGAAGGAGUUAGAGCUUGGCCCUUUCUCAGAAGAGCUGAAGGAAUUCCCAGAUUUGAGUUCCACUUCCUCCCUUGAAGUCUUGCGUUUGGAAGGAUCGGGGGAAUCGCUAACUCUGCCACAUCAAAUUGAUCGCCUCACUGCUCUCAGGAACUUAACUAUCAAAAGCUUCAACGGAGUGGAAAAAGCUUUAUUGGGAAACCUUUCUUGUCUUAAAACACUUGAAAUUGAAAAUUGUUGUCGGUUAAGGUGUCUAUCAGGUGGGCUAUCAUCUGUUGAGGAGCUGGGGAUAACAAAUUGCCCUAAUCUGGUCUCUUUCCAAGAAGAGUUGAAGGAAUUGCCUUCUCUAACCAUUGUCGGUUGUCCGAAAUUUGUGGGCUUCCUAGGGGAGAGUCUCGGUUGCUUUACUAGGUUGAAGAGAUUAACGAUCGGCCCUUUCUCAGAAGAGCUAGAAGAAUUCCCAAGUCUGAGUUCCAUCCCCGCCUCCCUUGAAUAUUUGAGCCUGACGGGAUGGGAAAAACUAACUCACCUCCCACAAAUUCAACACCUCACUGCUCUAAAGGAGUUGCGUAUAUGGCACUUCGGUGGAAUGGAAUCUUUGCCAGACUGGUUUGACAACUUGUCCACCCUUCAACAACUUCAUAUUUGGUACUGCCCAAACAAGUUAAAGGAAAGAUGCACCAAGGGAAGCGGUCCUGACUGGCACAAGAUUUCUCACAUUCCACACAUCACAAUAAAUGGGGAGACCAUCCAAUUCCAAUCCGAAGACUGAGGCAAAGAGAUGUGAUUAAUUAUGAGUGAAUAAUCAAUGAGUUGAUGGAAUGAUGAUUUCUAGAAUUCUGAAUUGAAAUCCUGCAAGCUUCAACGUUGUGGAGGAGAGGAAGGAAAGCAGCAGUGUUUGCCAAGCCAAAGACAAUUCUGUCUGUUCUUCAAGGGGCUCAGCUUUAUUUAGUUAAGAUUUGGGAGGAUAUUCAAUGUCAUUUCUUAAUUGCUCUGCUAAUUCUUUGAAAACCAACCAAUUCAC